GCACCAGUGGGUACCAGUGGGCACCAGUGGGUACCCCUGGCUCAGGUGAGCACCACCGAGUCCCAGUGUUGCCAACGGUGCCCGCGGUGCCCCACAGGGGUGCGCUCCGAGUUCGUGGUGAAGACGGCCAACGCCGGCGCCGGAGCGCUGUCGGUCACCAUCGACGGCCCCUCCAAGGUGACGUUGGACUGCGUGGAGUGCGCCGAGGGCCACCGCGUCACCUACACCCCCAUGGCGCCCGGCAACUACCUCAUCUCCAUCAAGUAUGGCGGCCCGCACCACAUCGUCGGCAGCCCCUUCAAGGCCAAGGUCACCGGCCCGCGGCUGUCGGGGGGUCACAGCCUGCACGAGACCUCCUCGGUGCUGGUGGAGACGGUGACCCGUGGGGCUCGGGGCCCCCCCGGCUUCGGGACCCUCCCCAAAUUCUCAUCGGAUGCCAGCAAGGUGGUGGCACGAGGGCCGGGGCUCAGCACCGCCUUCGUGGGGCAGAAGAACCACUUCACUGUCGACUGCAGCAAAGCGG